AUGAGGCAGUUUUCCCUGGGUGACAUGGUGUUGCAGAUGUCAAAAGCAGCACAACAGAAUCUGACAACUGGGAUUGUGCCCGAGAUGGGGUCGAGGGCCACAGUUCCCCUCCUGCUUUUCCUGGGACUGCUCUUCAUUUUUGUCAAGAUCUCCGAGAGGAAGGUGACUUUGCCAGGUCCUUCUUUCUGUCUGGGCAUUGGACCUCUAAUCUCUUAUGGUAGAUUCUUGUGGAUGGGAAUUGGCAGUGCCAGCAACUACUACAAUGAAAAGUAUGGAGAGAUAGUGAGAGUGUGGAUCCAUGGUGAGGAAACACUUAUUAUUAGCAGAUCCUCAGCUGUGAACCAUGUGAUGAAGAAGGGGCACUACAUAUCCAGGUUUGGAAACAAACAGGCACUUCAGUGCAUUGGCAUGAAUGAAAACGGCAUAAUCUUCAACAAUAAUCCUUCCAUCUGGAAACAAACACGCCCAUAUUUUGCUAAAGCCCUGACUGGCCCAGGUCUUCAGAGGACUCUUGCUGUGAGUGUGGAGUCUACCCGUAAUCACCUGGAGAAACUGUUGGGGGAUAACAACGCCACCACGGCCUGUGUGGAUAUACUGCUGUUUCUGAGAGCCAUCACACUAGAUAUUUCCAAUAGACUGUUCCUCAGAGUUCCACUUCAUGAGGGAGAAAUUGUGUCUAAAAUUCAGAAGUAUUUUGACACAUGGCAAACACUCUUGUUGAAACCAGAUAUUUUCUUCAAAUUUAAGUGGAUAUAUGAGAAGUAUGAAAAAGCUGCCCAGGAUCUACAAGAUGCAGUGAAAGAGCUGCUACUGAGAAAACAGCAAGAACUGCAAGAAGCUGAAAAACUACAAGACAUCACCGACUUUGCAACUGACCUGAUUCUUGCACAGACGCAUGGAAAACUGACUGCAGACAAUGUGAGGCAGAGCGUACUGGAAAUUCUGAUAGCAGGACCGGACACGAUGUCUGUCAGCAUCUUUUUUAUGCUAAUGCUUAUUGCACAACAUCCUGAAGUGGAGAAGAAAAUAGUUGAAGAGAUUCAGGCAGUUACAGGGGAACGGGAAGUGCAGAAUGGUGACCUGCAGCAGCUGAAAAUUGUGGAGAGCUUUAUUAAUGAGAGCAUGAGAUACCAGCCUGUGGUGGACUUCACCAUGCGCAAGGCACUUAAAGAUGAUGUGAUUGAUGGCUACCCUGUAAAAAAAGGCACCAACAUUAUCCUUAACCUGGGUCGCAUGCACAAAGUUGAAUUCUUUCUCAAGCCAAAUGAAUUCAACCUGGAAAACUUUGCACAAAAUGUUCCUCGUCGCUAUUUCCAGCCAUUUGGCUGUGGCCCUCGUUCCUGUGUGGGAAAAUAUAUCGCCAUGGUGAUGAUGAAAGGUAUCUUGGUGACCAUGUUGAAGAGGUACCGAGUACAUUCACAUAAUGGAAGCACCCUAGAAAAUGUCAAAAAUAACAACGACUUGUCUUACCAUCCCAAUGAGUCACACACUCUUCUCAGAAUGAUUUUUACCCCGAGGGAUCAAGAAGAGGUCUAAGAUCCCAAUUUCUAUGCAAGUAGCAUGCACAAGGUUUCAUCGGCAUGAUGCAGAGUGACCAUUAUGAAAUCAUCCAGAUAAAAUUUGCCAUCUUUUCAUAAAGUUGAACCAAAACGCUCGUUAGAAUUAGGAUCCAAAUCUUUGUGGUAGAAGAUUUUUCCCUCCCUAGAUCCACUAAUAUUAUUGUUUUUGGGAUAAUCUUGAAAUAGAGCACUGUCAUUUGUGAUCAUGGGUUAUCAUUUUAUAUUGUUGCUUCUGCAAUCACCUUCAACCCUCUCCAGGACUAAGCCAGGCCACUAGGUGGAGC